UACGCGACUAAAUCCGCAAACACGGGUCUCCAAAUGUCAACGCCCGAUGCGUCGUCCGAGGACGAGGACCCGGACGGCAAUCGUCGUCGUCGUCGUCGUCGUCCUUCCAAACGUUCGGCAAACGACGACGACGAACACAUCAACAACUUGGCAUCUCUUCGACGUCGAAAAAUUAGGCAGUCUUCUAGAAAUUGCCUUGUAAGAAUGUCAACUAUAGAAUCUGGAACGUCACCACCACAAGAAUCAUCACCGUUACGCAAACCAAAAAAUCAAACUCCACCACUAUCACACAAACAGAAACAUCAAUCACCACAGUCAUUGCGUGAAUCUUCAUUUUUGAAUGCCGCGAUGGCUGACUCAGGAACCGUUGAUGUAGAAGCUGAAAAAAACAAAAAACUUUUGGAAUGGGAGCUAUCGGCAUUGGAAGCGGACGACUUGCGGUCGCAUGCCUGGUACCAUGGCCAACAGGUAGAUCGCAAUGAGGCUGAGAGGCUCUUACGCCAGUGCGUUGCUGAAGAAUACAGUUUUGCUACUACUACAAUCACUGAGAAUACUAAUAAUAAUGAUACGAUUAUUACUCCAAACCAUGCUACUGCCACUGCCUCUAAAAUAUCUUCAAAUUUACGACAUAAUGUUGAAAAAGACACCAGUGACUCGGAUGGGAUGGAAGAUAUCAGCAGUGAGAGCAGCGACACGGAUUUUGUCUUCGAUGACUUCAUUGACGAUCUGGUAAACGAACAAGGCGUGGUAUCUAAUACGUCCACCGCAAUGGCUGCAGAACUACUAUUGCAACAGCGUCGCCGCAUUGAUGGUGCGUUACGGAAGUUAAGACCCAAGCGACCGAACCGACCUCGGCGGCAUUUCUACUGUUUCUUAGUUCGAGACAGCCUAAAUGUUCGGCCACCGGGCCGAUACGUUGUGUCGUGUUUGCGGGUUGAUAAGUUUGAAGAUUUCGAGACAAGGGAUAAAUACAAAACCGAUGAGCAACGUCGUAAGUUUUGCCGACAACAACAACGACGGCAGCGAAGACAGAAUCGAUAUCCAGUAUUGCAUUUUGUUGUAAAUGAGAUAAUCCUGCAACCCGGAACAGUAUAUGAGCGAUCGCAGUUUACUUUUGGGGAAACUUUACCUUCAUUGUCUUCCGCUAUUUCUACUGCAGGAGUAAACAGUAACGUUGGGCUUAACGAACAACAGCAAUAUCAGCCGGGAUUUGAUAGUGUACCCGAUCUAAUCAGGUACUAUGUUGGUGGUGCUGAUGACAAUGCCGUAUUAUCAUACGGCAGUGGAAACGAUGGAGCUGGUAGUGGUAGUAUGACGCUUGCUCGGACACCACAAACUGAAGUACGAAUUAGGUAUCCAUGCAACCGGCGUCGUCCUCUGAUGGACAACUUAAUGGUUGAAGUUUCAACUCGAAAUAUUCUACCGGGAACGACGGAAAAUUCUCGAUUAGUGAUGCGACAACGAUCCAGUGCUUCAACUACGACUUCUGCCCAUACUGAAGGAUUACGGGUAUUAUCUUCUUCUCCUGGUGGGUCAACAGAAGCAUUAACGUCAUCUCAAAAUAUAAACCAUCGACGCCAUUCACCGUCUCCACCGCCUCAUACUUCAAAAUGGAUGCGAGUACAGUCUUCGUCUAGGUCAUCAGUUCGAAAAACUCCUUCAGCGACCGUAACUUCCGCAAUGGUUACGUCAUCGGAGUCUACUCCAGUAGCAAGAUCAGUAAAUCAAUCUCAGUCACAACCAUUACCUUCUUGCUCACGAUCGUCAACCCCACCAGUUACAUCGGGUCCCUCAGUAUCAACUCUACCCCGUCUGUCAAAAUCACCGCAAGAUCUUAUAAAAACUUUCCCGAGUCGUUUUAAAUCUGAAAACGCAUCAACAUCAAUUAAAACUCUACCACGUCAAUCAAAAUCAUCUUUUCCACUUCCAUCAACCUCCAGAUCAUCAUCGCUUUCAUCUGAACGCCCUUCAUCUCCCGAAUCAAAAUCAAUAUCAGACCAAUUACGACGCACCCCGUCAUCUUCAGGUAUAUCAUCGAGAAAUACCCAAAAUUUGACUAUCUCUGAUUUAUUAUCUUCGCCAUCAUCUUCCACUAACUCGUCAAGACGUUCGCGGAGGUCAGUUGCUGAUUUCUUAAACCGUGGAUUAACGGGGCCACCGUUCAGCAUUUUUAGUAUAACUGCGAUGGGCGUGAAUGACGGUGUACCUUCACCGGCCGUUAAUAUAGAUGCACCUGGAACAUCAUCGUCAGAUAGAGAUAGGUUCAAUGAGCAUGCUGUUGAUUUGUUUUCACUACCCUUCGAAAGAGCUGUGAUGUCUUCAUUUGUACGCAUACGAGUACGCAAUGGGUAUCGCAGUAUGUUAAAUAGGGCAAUACGGCCUUCGUCUUCAAGUCAACACAGGAGACCUCCGAAUACGAAUAGUCCAGAUAGCCAUCAACGUGGGUCAGCAAGCCAUCGGAAUCGACCUGGAAGACGCCAAGCUCCUAGUCAUAACUCAAGCAUACAGAGUUCUUCAGAAAAUGAUGAUGACGAUGAAGAACAAGAGCAACUGAAAUCCUCGUCGUCAUCUGGUGCGUCUUCUGUUUCAACAUCUACGUUAAAGAAUGAAGAGAUUGAACGAAGUAGAGGUAAAAACAAGCAGUUUGUAGAUGGAAAAAUAACAAAGAAUGAAACUUUUGAUAAGGAGGGUGGAGAGGUUGAGAAUCAGACGGAUUGUGUGGAGGGAGAUACAGAGGCAGAUCAAAUGUCAAGCAACGAACAGACAACUCCACAUCCAGAUUGCAACAUAAAUAACUCAUCAUCAGAAACAUCUGAAAAUGAAAAUUUUCAGAAAUGCCGCACUCGUUGGACUAACACAAUGCGUCAAGGGUUAGUUGAUAUGCAGAAACAUUCGCAUUCAGAUCACCAUAAUCAACAACUGACUCAAAUUACGGAGACACGGAAUCGUGAUCCCCGACAACGAGGUUCGCGGCAAAUACAUCAGACGCCAACUGAAGACCAAGAGAUCGAUAAUGUGGGUACAAGAAUUGAUUCCAGAUUAUCAACGAACACAGAUCGGUCAACUACUUUAGGCCCAUCUGUUCUACUUCAAACUCGUACCAUUCGUAGCUCCAUUAGAUCAUCAAAUAAUAAUCUAUCCGAAAACAUGAUUAGGCAAUGGGUAGGUUUACAAAGAGUUUCAAACCAAAGUAAUAACCCCGAUGCAGCUUAUAAUGGAGGCCAAAUACCUUUGGUCGCAAUUUUGCCACGUAUUCGGCGACAACGGUGGGAACGGCGACAAAGCAAUAGAAAUGUGGUCGCGUCGGGGGACCUUCACUUGCCGGUGGAGGAUCACCUUUUACCGGUAAGAGAGUUCCUCAGCGGACACGUGUCUCCAUUUGGAAAAGCCCAACUGCUAGCGCAGAAGAAUAUAAAUUAUCCUCAAAUGAAUACGGAGAUGGCUGGCCACAACAUCGUCAACCAAGUGAGUGGCAUCGUUUCCUUAGCCAGAGCUGACCAAUUGAACACAACUACGACAUCCGACAACAUUUACUGCCCCCCCAUUACCGCCGAGUGCAGCACCGACAUAUCAGGUCUAGAAGUAGGUACUUGUUCUGUUGGUGUCAGCAGUAUUGGAAGCAAGCUGCCUUGUGAUUACGUAAACAUCGAUACUUGCAUCGACGACCAUAACAACUUGGUUAAUAAAAAUGACACCCAGCAUCAUAACAUCAACUUUCUUGAAAAAAUCUAUCACAGAAAAAGACACCAAGUCAUCAAACAACAGAGCAAUAAUAACUACAAUAGUCUUAUUGAUAAUAACAUUGACACAGCCGUCGAUUAUGAAAAUAUAAUUUCUCACAACACUGAAAAUACUACUGAUUUCAAUUACGAAAAUAUAGGUCAAAGCGGUGUUGAAAAUCAGCAAGAAUUAAUUAAUGAUUUUAAUGAGGGUAGUACUGCAGUUGCCGAUGCGUUGCGGGCCGUUCACCUUGCGAUAAUUGGUGAUCCCGAUGACACCAGUAGAACAACAGUAGGUAGCGGCAAACUAGCAGCCGCCUUGUGUCGCGCUGAUGGUCAGGCUACUGUACUACCAUAUCGAAUGAAUUUUACUGAGAGUGAACAAACUGGACCACUUUUGAGUACAUGUCCGCUCCAACUUUUGGGUCAACCUGGACCAGCCGGACGUCGAGCUCGUCUGGAUGUCAUAGAAAGGUUUGCUUGUCUACAGUACCUGGUUGCAAUGACAGUAAUAGUGACGCCAUGUCUGCUAUUAAUUGGCAGUGAUAUCAAUGACAAAGAAAAUCUAGCAGAUGUGAAUCUUGAAUGGAGUUUGGAAGAUGAAUACGAAUACCGGCGUCGGCGGUUCUAUUACCGAUGUGCUGGUUUCAGUAGUUGGCUUGUCUCCGAUAACGAUUCAACAUCUGACGAUGACGACGACAGUUAUAAAUUAACAGCAAAUUCAGAUUUUGAUUCUGGUUAUUCAUUACCACCAAGGGAAGAAUGGGCUGUUGAAAAGCGUCAUUGGUUAGAUCUACUGACUAGGCAUAGAGCAGCUGCCCUGGAUAAGUGGAUUCGUACGGCAGCUGAUGCCAAACAGGCAGUGGGUGAUGUGUAUGGUUAUCGAGCUCUGAUGUCUGCGCUAUGUUCUGACAGGAUCCAGGCACUACAAGAUGCAUGGGCAACUCUUCGUCGCGUACAUACUGCCACAGCCGUGGCAUUUGAAUCCCGGCUUCGACCCGAGUUUCUGGGCCGCGGUGAAAAGAAUUUAAUGACAAUGUUGGGCAAACCAGGCAUUAACGACAUCGAUGACAAUGACGUUAAUGAGCUACUACAGCUUCCACCAAACGCAACAAUACCUGAUGCGACAUCAUUGGCCGUUCUUUACGAACAUUUGUAUACUGACAAUAUUUCAGAUGCUGGUAGUGUAAACUCUACUGCCGUCAGCUCAAAUGAUAUUGGCAGUAAGGAAGAAAAAGACCCUAGACUAUCGUCGUUUUUUACUUCACCAUUGUUAUUAUCACCGUCACCAUGGCUAUCUCUUAAAAGUGGGAUAAGUGGGGGACUAGGAUCAUCGAUGGGGUCUGACUACGGACUAAGUGCACUUCAUUUUUUAUGUAUCCAAUACUCAGAUUGGGUGCAGCAAAGUUGCGGUGAUGAUGAUUCUAUAUUACCGUUAAUAAAAUCACCAGUAUUACAACUAGACCGGUUUCGCAGUAAUUUCCGUGCACUAUUACGCCAAUAUAGCGGAGGUGGCUUUGGUGAUUAUGACGACGGCGAUAUAAGGUUUAACUAUGUAUCCGGUUAUAAAGAUGUAGACCUCCAAAGAGAAGAAAAUACUUCCUACCACGAGGAAUUCAAUUACAAUCGAAACGAUGAAUUUGCAUACGAACGACAAUAUGAAGACAAUGUGGAAGAGUAUGGCACAGGUGGUGAUGAUAACGAUGACUGCGGCGAUGACGAUGAUGAUGACGAUGAUGCUACAGUUAUCUGCUACAAUAAUGGAAGUUCUAUUUCGGUGAUGAAAAACGAUGCAGUUGAUACUAGUUAUGGAGACACACUCAUUGCAGCUAAAACAGAAAAUCAACGACAAACAACAACAAAAAAUGAGAAAUGUUUCAAUCAUAAAAAAGAUCUAGAAGACAACCUUUAUGACCGCUGGAUCGAGGAUGCGAGUGUUUAUGGUCGAGGCCCUGCACCGCUGAAUAUCGUGUUCUGUACCGAGCUUCAUGUUCGUCUAUUUUGGCCCCCCACGCUUUUCCUUCAAGACAUUAAUGACAAUGAAGAUGUCAUUGAUCAUAAAUUGGCAAUACCCGCCUAUGCGUUAGGUACAACCUACGUGGCUACCGUAACAGCUGCUUUCGACGAUAAAGACAAAUUUACCAACCACAUGUCUCAUGAAAUAACGGCACAACUGGACCAAGCUUCCCAGGACAUGCGUCUCAGGUACAAAGCCAUGGAUGAUUUUUUAGAUAGAGCGUGUGCCUAUUCAACGUCUGUCACUAAAAUAGCCUACUAAGAUAAUAACGACGGUGGGAAAACAGCAUUAUCCGAUAUCACAGUGUACUUAAAUGAAUAUGUAGACCAGCAAAUAUCUAACAUUGGAAAGGUAAAGUUGUGCUGAACUUUGUUGGAGUAGCAAAAGAUAUAUCAAAAUUAUUUUUUAUGUAUAUAAAAUCUAGGUAUGAUUUAUAGAAAUGUAAGUUUGUUGUACAAUUUUCUACUUAAUUUAUGGCAUUGUAUCAUUGGCAAGUACCUGCUAUUAUAUUUAUGGAUUUGAUUAGUUAGUUAAGUUUAUAAUUAGGUAUAAUGUUAUAACGUGAGUCGUGAGUGUACUCAUUAUUGGGGAAUAUUCUAAUUAAACUGCCCAGUGGCUGGGGGUAGUAAGAAUUCCAGUCACGGUGAUGAGCACGACCGGUCGUAAGAGGCGACCAACAUGAGCUCCUGCGCGUGUCAAAUAUCAUCCUGGUAGUGGCGAUUACAUGCUAAAAAGUUCACAGCUACUAGGUAUGAGACACGUGUAGCUAGGUUAUAUAAGGCAGUUGACAUUAUAUUUUGUUUCAUUUGUUGUUCAUAGUAUGAUUAAUUUAUACAUUUUCAUUUUUUUUUCUGAAAAACCGCUCCUAAUAUUCCGAAUGUUAUGCAAGUGUAUAUAAUAUAGAGUAAUUUUUUUUUCAUACAAGUUUCAAUUAUUUACUUUUUUCUAAUCAAUAUAGU